AUGGCCUUCUUCAACUUGUAUCUACUUGGAUAUCAAAAUUCCUUUCAGCACAAGAAAAGGGACACAACUGAAGAAACAGACCACAAGGAACUGGUGCCCACAAAGCUUCCCCCGAUUAUUUCAAAAGAUGGGAAUUAUUCUGUGCACCAGAAUAGCCACACAAAGUACCACGAAGCUGUGCGGAAGGUGUUGCUAAAGACAUUCCCCAAUCAAGUCUUUAGAGUCCCCUUGACUGAUGCUCAGAACUUCAGCUUCUGGAGGUCCCACGAUCCAGGAGUGCGCCCGGAAGAAACCAUGCCGUGGAUCCGGAGCCCUCGUCACUGCCUCAUUAAAAGCCCAAUGACCAGGUUUAUGGAUCACUCUCUCCUCAGUGACAGACUAUUCAGUCUGUAUUGAGCAAGAUGUGCUUGCAGAAAGACAGGAUGGUCCGUGGAAGGAGGACAAAGAAGGGGAAAGAGGAAAAAGGUGCCCUGGCCCUGAUGGCUGACUAAUGGGAGGAGGAGAUUGAAAAAGUGGAGUAAAUUUUAGAUUGGACCAGAA